AUGUAUCGUUUCAAACCAAUCAUCAUCUAUACACUUCUCGUUUUCGUCGGAUUGAUCAUUAUUAUCAGCUCGACUGUUGCACAUGAUCAGGAUUCACUUUCGGAGCCGACAGUUUCCCAAGACCAAGUCCCGCUGCAAUCUAGCCAAUCAAAACCACAGGACUCCUCCAACUCGGAAUUGUCAUCAUCAGGGAGAAACCGAGAACAGGAAGGUAUCGCAUUAUAUAACCGAGCCCUACGCCUCUUGAACCAUGUUGAAUCUCACUCAAAUCUAGUCCCGCCUCGCACCUCGCUUCAUCCGCCUCUAUCAAUUCUUUCACCGUCCUCUUAUGCACCCCUCCUCGAAGAUAUCCCAUGGCUCAACCGAGGUGUUUUUUCAUUCUUGUUGAAAUUACUGCGCAAACCACUCGAUUCAUCAAGCGAAGAUGCCGACAAUCCCACCAGAAGGGACCCCAAAAAGCCAGCCUUACUCCUCGUACUCGGGUUUCCCAAGAGGAUUUUUGAUCGCUUUGGACGUACCUCAGCUCGCAUCACGAAAAAUGGGAUGAAGUCGAGUUCAGCGAAAAUUCUGGGUCAGAAAGAGGCCGAAGAGGCCACUUUUCGAGCCAUUGAACACUUGAACAAGUCGGCUUUUGAGUACGGGAAUUUGGAUGCCGGUAUGACUUUGGGUAACAUCUGGUUAUGGGGCGGAAAUCCUCCUAGUGUAAUACAACGAGAUCCUCGCAAAGCAAUGGACGCUUUUGAAUGGGUUGCCAACCUCUCCGGAAACGCAACUGCUCAAGCAAACCUCGCCUUUCUAUAUGCCACUGGCUUUGGAGGCGCACUUGGACAAAAUCUCACCCACGUGGGCGAUCAGAGUAAAGCUUUACUCUAUUACACCUUUGGUGCUCUCGGUGGAGAUUAUGCUGCCGAAAUGGCACUUGGCUACCGUCAUUGGGUUGGGAUCGGCACUCCACAGAGCUGCCAAGAAGCACUACCCUUUUAUAAGAGUGCAGCUGAAAAAUCUAUGCGCACUUUUAAUGCUGGACCACCCGGUGGCCGACACAUGCCACCUACCAAGGUACGACUCUCGGAUCACGAUGGCGGGGUUUAUGGCCCGGGUGCUUCUGUCGCCUCUUCGGGCAAUAACAAAAAUCAGCAUUCGCCUCAGCAGCCCUCCACUCUCCAAGCUUGGAAUGACGUUCUAGAGUUUUAUCAGUUUCACGCCGACCGCGGAGAUGCGACGUUUAUGUUCCGUCUCGCACGAAUAUAUUAUUACGGUUUCGGCAGUGCUGGUGAUAGCAUUCAAGAUUUUGCUUUGACGAACGGGCGUAAUUAUUUGAAAUCCUUUAAAUGGUUUAAUCGAAUCGUUCGUGCUGUAUGGCCCCGUGAUCCAGAAGCAGCCACAUCCCCCAAUGGACAUGCAUACCAGAACAAGCAAGGCCAAUGGCAGACACCAACAGUUGGCACUUACGAUGCAAAUAAGGAUCCCAAACAGCCCGUAGACGAAACGCAUUUGGUUGCCGCCGGACUCUCUGCAGGCUACUUGGGUCGGAUAUACUUACGGGGAGAAGGUGUCCCACGUAACAAUGCCAAAGCAUUCCUUUGGUUCAGUCGAGGCGUAACUCAAGGUGAUCGCGAAUCUCACAACGGGCUCGGAAUCAUGUACCGCGAUGGAUUGGGCGUGCGACGAAACCUUGAAAAAGCUUUGGAAUAUUUCCAAACAGCCUCCGAUGCCGAACUUGCUGACGCAAAUGUGAAUCUUGGAAAAUACUACAUGGGUGUAGAUCCAUUGAGCGCCAUUCCUUACUUCGAUAAUGCCAUAAAGAAUGGCGAUACUUAUCAAUCCUACUACUACCUGGCCGAAAUCAACGCUUUGAAUGCGGGUCAGACCAGCAAGCCCGAGUUCUGCCCGAUUGCGGUUGCGUUUUACAAGCGAGUGGCCGAGCGGGGUGAUUGGUUUGAAGAGGUUUUCUGGAAGGCUGAAAAGGCGUGGGCCGAUGGUGACGAGGUUACCGCGUUGCUUGGGUUCUUGAUGAUGGCUGAACGCGGUUAUGAAGUAGCUCAAAACAAUGUCGCCUACAUCUUGGACCGUCACAAGAAACGACUUCGAUUACCUAAGGAACAAAUUUCGGGUAACGCAACAGAUCGACUGGCACUUACCUACUGGACACGUUCCGCUGCUCAAGAUAAUAUCGACGCCUUGGUCAAGAUGGGAGAUUAUUACUUGGAUGGAUUUGGGACUUCGAGUGGACAGCCACAGCCAGAAAAGGCGGCGGCUUGCUAUCAAACUGCCACUAACACUCAUCUGAGUGCGAUGGCGAUGUGGAACUUGGGUUGGAUGCACGAGAACGGGAUCGGAGUUUCGCAGGACUAUCACCUGGCCAAACGAUUUUACGACCUAGCUUUGGAGACCAACUCGGAAGCCUCCUUUCCGGUUGCCCUGGCUCUAAUGAAGCUCUAUAUGCGCUCGGUAUGGGACUACGUUAUCCAUGGUGAUUCCAAGUAUCUCUUAGUAUUUACAUCCGCAAGCGAUGAGCAGAGCGGUUCAGGAUGGUGGAGCUUGCGUCGACUGCGAGACGAAUUGACUCGAAGAUGGUUGGGCAUCUCACCACCUCCAGGGGCCAACCCGGCUGACGAAGCAGAGGUGAACGUCCCAGUCGAUGGUGAAGGGGCUGGUUUUGAUGCCGCGGCGACGCAAAGGGCCCUCGAACAGGAUGAAGACCCAGUGGAAUGGGCCCGCAAUGCCAGAGAACGAGACCGGAUGCUGGGCGAAGGAGAGGAGGAGGAUGACCUGUUUCUGGCAGGCAAUACCGGUGAUGAUUUUCUGGAAACAGCUGGGAUUCUAUUCCUGUGCUUAGGCCUGGGUGCGUUCGUGUUUUUCCGUCAGCAAAGAGAGCAGGCCAACAUUCGAGCAGAAGCCGAACAAGCACACGCUGAAUUGGAUGAGGCACUUGGAGAGCUUAUCCAACCUCAAGCAGCCGUCGUCCCUCCAGCCAAUGACACCAACGAUCCUACUCCACCAGACGAUUUGGCUGACUUGGCAGCACAGAUACGAACAGCAGCCGAGAUCGCUGGUGCCGAUGGGGAGACAAAUGAACAGAGGGAAGGGGAGCUGGAAAAUCGAAAUGCUCAGAUUGAAGACGGAUUGAGGAGGAGGACGAGAACGGAUGAAGAAGAGGCAAAUUAG